ACAGCCUCCUACUGUCUUUCAUUUAGGCAGUAGCAAACGGUUUUUUUUCCAAUGACAUUGCAUUGGCAUGCAGACAAUUACAAGCCCCACCCUGUUUUAGAUCAGGGGAAAACCUGACUCAUAAUUAUUAUCUGGCCAGCCAGCAUAGCACAACAUGUCUAACUGGCUCCACUAUAUUGGCAGAUGAUUCCCCGUCUAAGAUAAGCGACAGUUACAUCGUUGCUUUCAAAGAUGAGCUCACAGCUGAACAAGUUUCCGCGGCAAAUGGAAGCUGUCAGAGAGAUAUUCCGCACAGCAGGGGGGAAGAAUAGUGUCAGCGCAGAGUUCAGCUUUAAAGCCUUCUCUGCUAUCAUGGAUCCUGAUCACUCCUCCCCUCACAUGCACAGCAAAGAACAGGGUGUCCCUGCAUGGUUGAGUAGCUAUAUAAUUAAGCUGAUUGAAUUUAGAAAUGCAGCCCAUAUGGAGCAAGAGGAAUCUUUAGUAUGGUCCUAUCUAGUCUCCUUCACAGGCCUUGGAUUGAAGAGUAGCCUGGGAUCGAGGCUAGGUCCUAUUAAGACAUCUAACAGAACAUGAACAAUGUCUCAAGAAAAGCACAAACAAUCCACAGGACGAAACUUAGCCUCGACCCCAGGCCGAUCCGUCUCCAAUUGAACGCUAGGUCGCCUACUAGUAUUUUUCAACUUCGUUCUAUUAAAAAAAAAUCGGCCUGGGACCGAGGCUAGACCAUAAACUAGUUAUUAGAGAUAAAACUUGUUUAAUUCCUCACACUAUAAUUAUAGCAUAAAUUAUAGCUAGCUAGCACUUCAAUUCUGUACAACACCAUAAUGAUUAUUAUCAUUUAAAUUUCUGAUUGUCAUUAAUUGC